CAUAUGGCAGGGGCUGCCCCCAGGCCUGACAGCCCAAGGGCCCAGCAGCGGGGGCUAGCGGAGCCCAUCUCCGGCAGGGCUGGGCAGGAAGUGGGGCGGGGUCUGGGGUGGGAUCUGGUUCGCCAGGACUGCUGCAACUCAGACAAACCAACCCACCGGGAGAAGAUGCCUGGGGGUCCGGGAGUCCUCCAAGCUCUGCCUGCCACCAUCUUCCUCCUCCUCUUGCUGUCUGCUGCCUGCCUGGGUCCUGGGUGCCAGGCCCUGCGGGUGGAUGGGGGCCCACCAUCGGUGACGGUGAGCGUGGGGGAUGAGGUCCACCUUCCUUGCCAGUACAAUGACAGCAUAAAGAACGUCACAGUCACGUGGUGGCGCCUCAUCCAAGGCAACCAUUCGUGGCCCCCUGAGCUCAUAGGCUACGGCCACAGCUCCAGUGGCGAGCUCACCAUCCACAACGUGAACAAGAGCCACGGGGGCAUGUACAGGUGCCGCGUCCACGAAGAAGGCAAACCACACCAGCACUCCUGUGGCACCUACCUCCGCGUCCGUGAGCCACCCCCUAGACCCUUCCUGGACAUGGGGGAGGGCACCAAGAACCGCAUCAUCACAGCCGAGGGCAUCAUCCUUCUGUUCUGUGCCGUAGUGCCUGGGACUCUGCUACUGUUCAGGAAACGAUGGCAGAAUGAGAAGUUCGGGGUUGAUGUCCAGGAUGAAUACGAAGAUGAAAAUCUCUAUGAGGGCUUAAACCUGGACGACUGCUCCAUGUAUGAGGACAUCUCCCGGGGCCUCCAGGGCACCUACCAGGAUGUGGGCAGCCUCAACAUCGGAGACGUCCAGCUGGAGAAGCCGUGACACCUCUCGCCCCCACCAGGCUGCCCCUGCCUGCUGUGCCCCAAUUCCAGUGUCUGUCCUCACUCCCCUGGAACAAGCUCUCCGCAGUCUUCCCUGGGAGCUUCCUCAGUCAUCUUCCGCCUUGGGGUAUCCUCUCUCUUCUCCUCCCAGGUCUCCUUGGACUCCUCCUGGGUGUCCUACUCUUCUUCCCUCUAGACUGUCCCAUCCUCCCCCAGCCCAGUCCUCCCCCUGCUGCCUUUCCCAGGCUCCCUCCCCAGUGGGUAAUGAGCCUUAAUCGCUGCCUCUAGGGGAGCUGAUUGUAGCAGCCUCGUUAGUGUCACCCCCUCCUCCCUGAUCUGUCAUGGCCACUUAAGUGAUAAUAAAUCCUUCCCAACUGCA